UUCGUGUGGAGCAGAAGAGGAAGAAUAUCAACACGUGCCGCUUGCAUUUUACUUUUACUGUUCUUGAUUUUACAUAAAAUGAUUAAAGUUAAGCGAAAGCCAGCUCCUGCGCCGGUGGAACAGGACUCGGACAGCGACUCCAGCUUCGACGAAGAGGAGCCGCAGGAUGUGGAAGUCCAGGAGGGGCCAGUCACCGAUAGCAGCGAUGAGGAAGAAGCUGCCUCCAGCAGCAAGAAGCAGCCCAAAAAGAAAGAAGCUGGUGAGGAUUUGGAAGAUGAGGACGAUGAUGAUGAUGACGACGAGGAGGAUGAGGACGAAGAUGACGACGAGGAUAAUGACGACAAGAAGACCCGUAUUCCGGUGCUCAACCCUCUCAGCCUGAUGCGCAACAAGGAGCAGCGUUUGGCGCUCUACAAAAAGAUGAAAAAGGAGAAGCACAAGAAAAAGAUGCAGGAGCGACGUGCCCGCCGCAAGGCAGGAGUACCCGCCAAUCCGGGGCACACCAUAGAGAGCCUGCGAGAGAAGGACCACACGGAGGUGGCCAACCUUAACGACUCGGACAACGAGGAGCUGCAAAAGGAACUGGAACUGGACGAUUUCAGUUCGUAUUUCGAGCGCUCCUACGAGCCCAAGGUGCUGAUCACAUUCGCCGACAACCCGGUGACCAAGACCCGUAAGUUCGGGCUGGAACUAUCGCGCAUAUUCCCCAACGCCCUGGUUAAGAUCCGAAACAAGUCGUCGGUCAAGAAUAUCUGCAAGAGCGCCGUGCGCGAGGAGUUCACAGACGUAGUGAUUAUAAACGAGGAUCGCAGAAAGCCCAAUGGGCUGCUGGUCAUCCAUCUGCCCAACGGACCCACCGCCCAUUUCAAGGUGUCCAACGUGAAGCUCACCUCAGACAUUAAGCGCGACCACAAGGAGAUAACCAAGCACAGGCCUGAGGUGAUCCUGACCAACUUUACCACCCGUUUGGGUCUGACAGUGGGCCGCAUGCUGGGCGCGCUCUUCCACCACGACCCCGAGUUCCGCGGCCGGCGAGCGGUGACUUUCCACAAUCAGCGAGACUACAUCUUCUUCCGCCACCAUCGCUACGAGUUCUCCAAGGAGGGCAAGCGCGUGAAACUACGCGAACUGGGACCGCGGUUCACCCUGAAACUGCGCUCCCUGCAAGAGGGAACCUUCGACAGUAAGACCGGAGACUACGCCUGGAUUAUCAGCAACAAGCGGCACGCCAUGGAGUCCCGACGCCGCUUCUUCCUCUAGUUGUAUUUCGAGGCAUUGUAUUUAGGUAUAGAGAACUUAAUAAACCAACUGAUAAUACAGAAAUAA